AUAGUUAAGACUUAAGAGAGAACUUAACCCCACCACUGAAUGUAGCAACUAUUUGGAGUACCUUACAACCCACCUUCCAUUCCAUUUCCUUCACUCUCCUCUUCCCUGCUUUGUCAAACAUGUUGCCAAACAAGGCCUGCCUUCUCGCUUUCCUCCUCCUCCUCCGGAGUACCAUCCAUUUAACCGCAGCCAUUGGUGUCUCUGUUGGGGUUGGUGGUGGUUUUGGAGUAGGCGUGGGCAUUGGCAAUGGCAAUGGCAAUGUUGGCAAUGGCAACACCCCAUCAGAGCCUCCCUCAUCAAAGUUGGAGAGUGCCUACAAAGCUCUCCAGGCAUGGAAAUCAGCCAUCUCCGAUGACCCUCUCAAGCUUCUAGAUUCAUGGGUUGGUCCUAAUGUCUGCUCCUACAAAGGAGUGUUCUGUUCACCCCCUCAAGACGAUGAAAUCUCUUCUCUUUCAACAUCUACUGCCACCGCCAACGUUGUAGUUGCAGGAAUCGACCUCAACCAUGCAAAUCUCCAAGGAACUCUCGUCAAAGAACUCUCUUUACUGGUUGACAUGUCUCUUCUUCACCUCAAUAGUAACAGGUUCAGUGGCACAGUUCCCGACACAUUCAAAGACCUCGUUUCUCUGGAAGAACUGGACCUCAGCAACAACCACCUCUCUGGUCCAUUCCCCAUUGUUACUCUCUACAUGCCAAGCCUCCUUUACUUGGACCUCAGAUUCAACUUAUUCUCAGGUCAACUCCCUGAUGAACUCUUCAACAGGAAGCUGGAUGCCAUAUUCCUCAACAACAACCAAUUCCAAGGUGAGAUCCCUCAGAGCUUGGGAAAUUCACCAGCAUCGGUGAUCAAUCUGGCUAACAACAAGCUCAGUGGGAACAUUCCAACAAGUUUUGGGCUCAUGGGGAAUAAGCUCAAAGAGGUUCUGUUCCUCAACAACCAGCUAACAGGUUGCAUCCCUGAAGGGGUGGGUCUGUUUGAUGAACUUGAAGUGUUUGAUGUGAGCUUCAAUUCACUCAUGGGGCACUUGCCAGACACAAUAUCAUGCUUGCAAGACAUUGAGGUUCUCAAUCUGGGACACAACAAGCUCUCAGGAGAGUUAUCUGAUGUGAUCUGCUCCUUGACAAGUUUGGUGAACCUCACCGUUGCUUACAACUUCUUCUCUGGUUUGAGCCAGCAAUGCAGCAGGCUUUUCAACAUUGGCUUUGAUUUCUCAGGAAACUGCAUUCCUGGUAGAGACAUGCAGAGACCUCAACCAGAGUGUUCUGUUAUUCCAGGUGGCACCCUCAAUUGCCUUAGAAUCCCUACUCCAAGGCCUCUUGUUUGUGCUUCUUUGCCUCGAAUCAUCUUCACCAAUAAUAUGCAAUCAUCCUCACAACAUACUUCUUCUUCUUCAUAUCCUUGACUCAUUCAAUUACAGGUUCGCUUUGGAUUUUUCCAUUAAUUUAAUUCAAAGACCUGCUAAUUUUAUUCUUCCAUGGACGAUGAUUCACUAGUACACUGUACACACAUAUAUUAUUUGAUAUUAUAUUAGUAAAAUUUUCUUGAUUUUGAGGUCAAA